AUGAGCCUUCGCCUCUCUUCGUACUACAUCCGAUCUUCCAUUCACAAUUUUCACAAAGGCCGUGCAGUUGUGAUAUACAAGGUGGCUCAAGCAACCUCUGACGAUCUGGAGAACGGUCUGCGUCCACCAUUAGGCCACUCUGCUGAAAACUACCCACGUCGAGUGUACCUGCCACACAUUUCCUUACCCGACAACGAGGUUUUCUGGCACGUCCUCGCUCAUUUCUUGAUGGCGACGAUGGACAUGCCAGGCGCGAAGAAUGGUGUGACCAUUGCCGAAACAAAGCAGGAACCUCGCUUAAAGAAGAUCCCGCCGUACUGGUAUGCAUACACAACGAUGGCCAAAGCUCGCUGGCUUGGCCGGGAAGUCCUUGAAGUCGUCUCCACUGAAUUUCGCGAUCGUUCAAUGGAGUACUAUAGAUAUGCACUCGAAUCCGGAGUAGUCACUGUCAAUGGCAAGGUUUCCAAACCUGACACAAUCAUCUGCAAUGGAGACCGACUUGAGAGUGUUGUGCAUAAACAUGAGCCUCCAGUGUCAACGAAGCCCGUCCGCAUUAUUCUUCAGGACAAUGAGAAGGAAAUCAUCGUCAUUGACAAGCCUGGUUCUAUCCCAAUUCACGCGUGUGGCAGGUAUCAUCGCAACAGCCUCAUCGAGAUUCUGAAGAGUGAUUUCGGGUUUGAGAAAGUCUACCCUGUUAAUAGACUCGAUCGGUUGACCUCGGGAUUGAUGAUCAUACCUAUCUCAGCCUCACGGGCCAACCUACUCGCGCAAGAAUUCGCAGCGGGCACUGUGAGGAAGGAAUAUGUUGCGCGUUGUCGAGGGAGAUUCCCAGUAGACGAGAUUACGUGCGAGCAACCCCUACUUACUGUCGACAGACAGAUAGGCCUCACUAUCGUCCAUCCUGAGGGGAAGCCAGCCAAGACUGUGUUCAAGUUGAUCCGUUACGAUUUCAAUACAGAUACAAGUGUUGUCCGCUGCAAACCGUUCACAGGUCGCUCUCAUCAGAUUCGCGUGCAUCUGCAGUACCUAGGUCACCCAAUUGCCAAUGAUAUCAUAUACUCUGACACAAAGAUUUGGGGUGAGAACGUCGGCAAGGGUGGUUUAGAUCUCACUCCAAGUGAGGACCGCGCAGCACCUCAGGCUCCAUCGCACUUUACCUUCGAGGGCUCACUGAGCCCUGAAUCGCUGUCCGGCGAGGAACCUUUGGCGACGGCACUUGAUGCGCAGCUUAAUAAUAGCACGGGUACAGGCAACAACAUACAACCAGACUGCACUGCAACAGGGAUGGACGGUGAGAAGCUCGAAACGACAGGCCCCCGUCGUAAACUACUUCCGCGCGAAACGGGCCAUGACAUCGGUAUGGCUUCGCCUGUUCCGCUCUCGGCUGAGAUGGUUGGCAUCAUAACGCGGCUUCGCAACAUGAAGGAUGAGGACGAAGAUUGGAGUCGUUGGCGGGACGUCGUCUUCCGAGGGAAAGCCGCCCUAGCUCCACAUGGCGUGUUCGCACCUCUUCCGCCGCAGAACAGACGUCGAAAAGGUGGCCCUGCAAAGCUACCAACCCCCGAUGACACCGGCAUUAAAGCAAGUUCCAAUACCAAGCCGGAAGAUAAGAAUUUAGAACCGGUGCAGCUUACGCAGCAGGAGGCUCUGGCGAAGCUCGCAUGUUUCCAGCCGUCUACUCCUCCGGUGACACUCUCCCCCUCGGGUUCAAGCUCGGUAGCUACCUUGCACUGCGUGACGCCAGAACCAACUCUUCUCCCAGUAGAUGACCUCGUAUCACCCGCAGACGCACCCAAGCAAGCUCUGUAUUGUCGCGAAUGUUACCUGCCUCUACAUCCAGACCCAAAGCCAGAUCGACUGUACAUUUUCCUUCACGCGCUCCGAUACACGACGAAUUUGGGGUGCUUCGAAACUGAGAUGCCCGAUUGGGCGGCGGAGGGAUGGGUUUGGGAUCGGUGA